AUGAAGUUCACCUCCACUACCCUCAUCGCCCAAGGCGCCCUCGCCGCCGCCGCCGCGACCUCCGGCGACUUCACCAUCCUCUCAAUGAACGUGGCCGGCCUGCCCGCGAUCCUCAACCCCAACGGCGUCCCAGGAGGCAAGGAGGCCAGCGCCAAAACGAUCGGAAGCAAGUUCGCGCAGUAUGGCUAUGAUGUUAUUCAUAUGCAGGAGGACUUCAACUACCACGCCACAUCUACUCAACCGACACUCACCCCUUCCCGCACCCCCACCUCAGGCGGCGUCCCCCUCGGCUCCGGCCUCAACACGCUCUCCAACCUCCCUUGGCUUCCCGGCUCCUUCCAGCGUCAAAAAUGGAACAAAUCCUCCUGCGCCUCCGAAUUCGACUGUCUCACUCCCAAGGGAUUCACCUUUAUGCGCGUCGCUUUAUCAGGGGCCGCUGCCGACGGGUCCACUGAUGGGAAAGGAAACGAAGUCUACGUGGAUUUUUAUAAGCUCCACACCGACGCAGGAACAGAAAAGGGAGAUUUGGAGGCUAGGAACGAUAACCUACGCCAGGUUAAGGAAAAGAGGUUAACGGAUACUUGGAUCGAACUUCAUCGCGAUGGGGUUUUGCCGAGUGACGGGGGAGUCUGUGGACACCCAGCUGAGAACGCGACUUGCGAGAUUGUGGAUAAGGUUCUUUACCGGAGUAGUCCGUUGGUUAAGCUCGAGCCGACGGGGUUUGAGUACGCUGGUCUCAAGUUCUUGUCUGACGACGGCAAUGUGUUAUCGGAUUAUAACCCCGUUCUAGUGAACUUGACUUGGUCCGCUGGGGACCGGCUCCGGCAAAGCGAGUUCUGGGGGGGCGCGACGUAUGGGAGUUGGUUCAACGAUGUUUCUAUCCUCGAUUCUACGCCCGAGCCGAUCAAAGCCAGGAAGAUUACGUUUCGCGGUGAAAGCCGCUUGGAUUCGGUGGCGCUUACUAUCUCUUACUCCAGCGGCCAGGGAACUACAGAGUUAGUCCACGGAGGACGUGGAGGGUCGGAGGUCUCGCUGACUCUGGCUGAUGGGGAGUUCUGGACCAAGUCCGAGCUCUGUCAGAGUGAGAAGAGUGACAAGACACGCAACUUUUACAUCAAGGCGACGACGUCCAAGGGCAGGACGCUGGAGGCGGGCACGAGGACGAGCGAGUAUAAGGUGUUUGAGGCGGAGGAGGGGUGGCAGGUUGUGGGGUUCUUGGGGGAGAUUGGGGAUGAGGUUGAUUUGCUUGGGUUCAUCUAUGGGAAGAUCUAGAUGAUGGCGUCUUUAGGUAGUGAUUGGAGUGGUGAAGGAGAUUGAUGAUACAGUGGGUAUAAGGAUUAAGAGGGUUAGGCCGCUAGGCGGACUGAUGAAGUCCGGAGGGUUGAAUUGAAAGCUACGAUUGCGCCAUUGGGUAUUUGGAAGGGCGAUUGUAAUGGUUAGGUAUCGAUGUGGAUAGGGGCAACAAAACAAAAAGAAAAGUGAAAAUAGGGGUCCUACUUGGCGCGGGGGUGGAGGGCCGGAGACGGGAGCUGCGCCGGGACGGUGCGCCGUGGGGUGGAGUGAGCCAUCACCGUUUGCCCCCGGAGCUAGUGAUCCUUUGUGAUCCGUGAAGACUGAAUACAAGCAGAC